CCCUUCCCCCUCUUCUCACUCACCCUCUCCCUCCCUCUCCAACUGCUCGAUGGAAUCGCCGCCGCCGGCACCCUCCGCCGCUCCUGCUGCCGCAGCGACAUCUCCGAGACCACCAAUCGCUCCUUCGAAGUUGCGAUUGAUGUGCAGCUACGGUGGACAUAUAGUCCCACGCCCACACGACAAGUGCCUCUUCUACGCCAGCGGCGAGACGCGUAUUGUGGCCUUGGAUCGGCGGACCACCGCAUCGUCACUUUCUGCGCUCACCGCGCACCUGUCCCGAGUUCUGUUCCAUAACCGUCCUUUUCUCCUAAAGUACCAGCUUCCCAGCGAGGACCUCGAUUCGUUAAUUUCGGUCGUCACCGACGAGGAUCUCUCGAUCAUGCUCGAGGAGCAUGACCGAAUCGCGCCUCCCGCGAGGAUCAGAAUAUUCCUCUUCCCCGUCAAGCCUGAGUCCCUCGGUUCUACCCUCGUCGAUCCGAAAUCAGACACUUGGUUUUCCGAUGCUUUGAAGAAUACUAGGAUUUUGCAAAAAGGACAAUCUGCGGAUUCUGGAUUUUUGAUGGGAUUGGGGUCAGAUUUGGAGGCUCCUGUGGAGUGCAGGAGCAACAGUGGCGGUGGUGGAGGCAAGCUCGGGGCGGAGUCAUUAAUUUUGGAAACGAGCUCGUCGUUUGGCUCGACUAAUUCCUCGUUUUCAAUGUCCAAUUCACCGGCGAUAGGUGUUGCCCAUUGCGAUGAGAAAGGCUUGAAUUUACUUGACAGAAAAGUCAGGGUUCCCUCGUCAGCCUCCCUUGAAAGUGAAAAUAGCGUUGGAAGUGCAGCUGCUCCUCCAAAAACUGAAAGUUUCUUGGAGCCACUGAUCCAGGUUGAUCCGGAAGAAUCAUCCGAGAAUACUGUUUCUGAUCCUCUACUUAGUAAUUUGACUCAGAAAUCAGUUCAUGUAGUCGGGUAUCCUUUUUCCCAGCCUCUCGACACAGUGAAGCAACAAUAUGAAACGCAAAUAAUUCAAGGAGGGAUGCAUUAUGUUCCUCAAUAUACUGGUUCAGUGCCAGCAUCACCUUAUUAUCCUCUGUACCAACUUCCAAUGCCCACGCCACAGCAUAUUCCUAGUCCCCAAAACCAGCCAUAUCCAAUAUAUAUUGUGCCCAUGCAGACCCCUCAGUACCAUAAUAUGUCGAUGCAGUGCUCCUUCGAUCCCAGUGCUACUAGUUCUUCAGGUCAACAACCUGUGCAUCCACAAGCUGCAGCAAUCCCUCACUCAAUAGCCCACAAAGACAUACAUGGAACUCAGAUACCUGAAUCUGUAACACAAGUUUAUUGCAAUAUUCCUACUGCUGUCCAGCCAAUCAGUGUGCCUUCUAAUCAAGGUGAACUUGCUAUGAAGUUACCAGAGCCCCAAAUGCCCUCCGAACCAGUUGCAAAUUCUUCAGCAAUUCCUUCUAGCCAUGGCUGUGAGUUCGAUGAAGAUAUUGCAUACAACCAAAUAUACAAAACCCAGCCUUUACCACCAGUAUUGCCUUCUCAGUAUCAGACAAUGACAAAGGGCACAACUGUGGUUUCAGAACCUUCGGUCCACCUGCCAGCAAACCCUCUCUAGCUGUAACUAUAAUGUUAUGGAAAGUGGAGAGCUAAUGCUAGGGUGUUCUCUCUUCACUGUCUGAGUCAUGGUCUUCAUCAAGUUUGUUAAAAUUAGGUUGGUCUGGAUUUGAAGAAGCUGGAUGAUGAGUAAUCUGGGUUCUUGGUGUUAUCAAUCUAUGGGGGGUUGGUAAAGAUUAUAAGAUUUCUUGACAUUUUAAUUUGAUGUGUAGCUAUAAAUGCAUUGAGUCAGUUAUUUUUAUUGUGUUAAAAGUUUUGAAAAUACUGUGUAGAAAGUCAGCUGGAAGUUUUAUACAAUUUGUUCAUUUGUUUUUUAUUUUUAUUUUUUGUACCCACUGCCUUCCACUAUGUUACCAAUUUUGUACUUUGUAUGACAAUAUGAGAAUGCUCCAGUUAUGAAUAAUAUUUUUAUCUAGCAAAAGAGCAAUAUGAUAUAAAUUGCUCAAAGCUUAGAAGCGUUCCUGUC